AUGAUUAUAUUCAUUGUGAUCUCAGUUGUCUAAGCCUUUAUAACAUACGACUCCAAUGUUUUCACUAAAUAUGCUUAUCUUUAUCCAGGAGGAGGCAAAUGUAUUUCUCCUGCGCAGAAAUAAGACACCGUCUAUUUCUCAGGUACAUUUGAAAGACCCCCAAAAAUAAUACUAUCAUGUGAAACAUUUGACACAGAACAUCCAAAAAUUAAUUACACUAUUCUGAUUACCGAUGUUACAACAUAAAGUUAAUAUUCUCAAAAAUUUAGGUUUUGUUUUUAAAAUGUAGUGUUAUUAUUCUAACAUAUAUUAAGUUUUAUUUAGAUGGUAAGCAAUAGAUGAUGAAAGAAUUUAAGUUAUAAAUGAGUUUAACAUGAUGACUUUAGAAAACAAAACAUAUCUUUACGAGAACGUUAAUGCCGAGGAAGCAUUUAUCUCUUUGAUCAAUCUAUCCUAUAAGGGUCCAGUUUAUUUCGAUAUCCUUGUAUUUAUUUAAACUAUAAAGUUCAAAUAAACAAAAACAGAUGUAUAAGUUAUAAUAACUACUCCAAAUGAUACAUUAUCAAACUUAACAGUGUUGGGAUAUUAAGUGAUUUUAGGAACUAAAGAAGCCAUUUCUAUACUUGAUAGUCAUAUUAAAACAACUGCUCUUUAUACAAGUCCACAAUACAGUAUUUAGGCUAACUCUUGGUUUAUUACUCCUAUAUCUGGGUUUGCCUAUAAUGCAGCUGAUAACAUUAGAAUUAAAAGAGUUUAUACCCAAGAUUCAAGCAAUAUAUAAUUUAGCAUUGAUGCUUUUCAAAGUACUAUUAAUUUUCUAAUUUUAAGGUGAUAAAUAAUAUACUCCAUCAACUCAUUCAGUAAUUUCUAUAAAGUAUUUACUUACUAUUGAUUACGUCGCACUGGAAUGUAAAACUAUAAGGAUUACAUAAAUAAAAGAAAGACUAGCCAAUUUCAGAAACUCCUUUGAAGUCGAAUUAAUGGAAACUAAUGAAGUAAUAAAAGAUUUGGGCACAACCAACUUCAUAAUUGACAAAAGCCUCUUUUAGAUAAUAAAUUUAAAGGUCUAUGCUAGAUGUUAUCCGUAAAAGAAAAUUAAAAGCUAUUUUAAUAAGUGCAAUGGAUGCUCACCAUCAUAAUAGCAUUAUUUUUCUCAUAAUUGUUAUGGGGCUAUCAAUACAAUUAAUUUUUCAGUCAAAUUUUUUCCAAAAGAGCAGGCUUAUCAAGAAUUGAUAAUAAUAUUAUCAAAUGUUGACUGUUAAAUUUAUUAAAAAUUAUACAAUCAAGAGAAGAGUUAAGUUAAACUUAUUGAAAUCAAUCAACUUGAUAAUUGA